AUGGCAGCUCUCACAGACCUCUCUUUUAUGUACCGCUGGUUCAAGAACUGCAAUCUCGUCCGCAACCUCUCAGACAAGUAUGUCUUCAUCACAGGCUGUGACUCGGGCUUCGGGAACCUACUGGCCAAGCAGUUGGAUGAUCGAGGCAUGCGAGUGCUGGCUGCUUGUUUCACUGAGGAGGGGGCCCAGAAGCUUCAGCAAGAUACCUCCAACCGGCUGCAGACCACCCUGUUGGAUGUCACCAAGAGUGAGAGCAUCCAGAAGGCGGCCCAGUGGGUGAGGGACCAAGUGGGCGAGCAAGGUCUAUGGGCCUUGGUGAACAAUGCUGGUGUGGGCCUGCCCAGUGGUCCCAAUGAAUGGCUGACUAUACAGGACUUUGUGAAGGUGAUCAAUGUGAACCUGGUGGGACUGAUCGAAGUGACCCUCCACAUGCUACCCAUGGUCAAGAAAGCCCGGGGCCGGGUCGUCAACAUGUCCAGCUGUGGUGGUCUUGUGGCUGUCAUUGGUGGUGGCUACUGUGUCUCCAAGUUUGGUGUCGAGGCCUUCUCUGACAGCAUCAGGCGUGAGCUCUACUACUUUGGGGUGAAAGUCAGCAUCAUUGAGCCGGGGAACUAUCGGACAUCCAUUCUGGGCAAGGACAGCAUGGAGACGCGCAUGAAGAAGCUGUGGGAGCAGCUGCCACAGGAGACCCGGGAUAGCUACGGAGAGGAGUACUUCCGUAUCUAUACUGAGAAGUUAACAAACAUUACUCAGUUGGCAGAGCCAAGGACCAGAGAUGUCAUCAACAGCCUGGAACAUGCCAUUGUCUCCCGGAGCCCACGCAUCCGCUACAACCCUGGCCUGGAUGCCAAACUCCUCUACCUCCCCUUGUCUAAGUUGCCCACCCCUGUGACAGAUUUCAUCCUAAGCCGAUACCUUCCAAGGCCAGCAGACAGCGUCUGA